AUUAGACCUAAAAAGGAGAGGAAAAGAAAAGGAAGAAAAAAUAUUCGAAGCGUCUAGGCGAAAUUGACUUAACCCAGAUAGACAGGCCCAUCGUAUUUAUGCUUGAGUUGUGCCUACCGUUCUCAAGUGGAAACGGAAAAGCAGCCGCUGAUAUUGAGAGAGCCUUUCAUUAUCAUCCCCCAGCCAAAUGCUGCUGUUUACAUUCCCUCCACAAACUCCACUCCCCAGUGCCCACCCUAAUUACAAUUCUACCCUUAUCUUUCCCCAUAUUCACACUAAACACCACCCUCACCCUCCCUGCACCUGCCGCGCCACAGCCAGCACCUCCGUUCCGCGCCCGGUCUUGAUCGCCGCCACCGCCUCCACCUCUCUCCGACAAGUCAGCUCUACCUCCGACGAUGAGGAUUCCAUGGUGUCGUCGGCGUCCGCUGUGGCGGCGGUAAUACGCGCCGCCUCCACUUCUCCUGUGGAGUUUGUGCAGAGGAUAGAACGAAGCGGCAGCGGCGGCGGCGCCAAGAACAAAGCUCUGGUGUUGCCGAGUCAGGAUUUUCAGCGGCUUUGCCUCGAGCAGCUCCAUCUCUUUCGACGUAUCGUUGACCCCGAUGCCAUUCUCUCGUUAUGAGAGUUCCCUCACUUUUUAAACUAGAAGAUUCAGACCAGUACUUUCUUGUGCAUGCUAGCAGGCAUAUACCUUUCGUCUAUGUGAGACCAGCUGGUAGUUAUGUUAUGGAUCGUUUGGAGUUACGCUGCAUUACUUCUCAUCCAGGCGGCCAAGCUGCUGAUAUUGUUGUUUUAAUUGGUAAUUUUAGUAUGCCAGCUGGAUUAAGAGUUGCAGAAGCUUCUAUCUCACGGCAACAGGCAGAAUUUUUCCCUGAGCUUGGUGCUGUAGUUUUACCCAUGGUUACACAUCCAUUUAUUGUGGGCUUCUUGGUUGCUGAGUUUCCAAAGGCGGUAGAUAGAGAUUGGCAUGGCAUGAAAGAUUCUUCAGUCUCUGGGAAAUCUCUGCCAUUGCCCCAUAGCAUGGACCCACAAUCAUUGGAUGUGCAAACUUACAAGGAUUAUUCGGUUAACAUGCCGAAGUUUUCUGCAGAACAGAAACUGAAUGCCAUAAAUAUCACUCAUUCACUAGCCCUGGCUUAUGUCAUGGAUCAGAAAACAAUGUUGCUGCAGCAAUCGUCAUGGCAGAACAAUGUCAGGAUGAGUAAUUUGGUUGAGCAAAUCCAAGGUUCUCUCUCAAGCAUCAGAACUUUGACCAACAUGUUAUCUGUUCUCUUGAAGAGAAGUGAGGUUUCGUAUGAUAUUGCUCAAGACAUUGAAGUGCAAGGUGAGCACAUGAGAGAUACUCUUCAGCAGCUACAGGAUGCUGUCUACCUGACAAAGGUGUUCUUUCUGCUUCCUUCCAAGAAUGAAAUUAAUGGUUUGAAGAAAGAUUGUUAUGAGCUGGUGGGCAAAGAUCAGCAUUUACUUGCUAAUAUAGUGCGCUAUAACAAUGAAACACUGAGGAAGAUGCAGCAGUCGUAUGAUGAACAACCAGAAGUUACGUCCCCAAUAUCCAGUAACACAUCAAUGGAAACUUUUAUCAGUAAGAUGCAAGAUACUGGCAACCAAUUGUCUCUCAGUUCAAGAUCCAAUAAUGAUUCAGAAUUUCCCAUGCCACCUCUUGCUCUUGCACCUUCACAUCAACAGCAAAUCAGUUUUGGAAUCCAUCCAAGUUCAUGGAAGGAAAAAUCUGUUGGGAAUGAAAUAAAGAAGCUCAAUGCUUGCUUUGCGGUAAGUUUUUCAUAUGAACCAUCAUUCUGCAGAAGACCUUGUGAAGUUUCUGAAUUGCUGCAAGAUUUAGUUGGGGCCAUUAAACCUCUUGCAUGCAAGCAAAGACGGAUUGUGGAACUGUGCAAUCUUUCAAUGUCUUUGAAGGUUGCUGUGGAAGAGUCUGCUUUACGGCAAGCUCUAAGCAACUUAAUUGAGGGCGCUUUAUUGCGAACGGAGGUUGGAGGAAGAAUUGAAAUCAUCUCUACUCGAGCUCCUGCAGGCGGUGCUCUCAUCAUCAUUGAUGACGAUGGGCCUGAUAUGCACUAUAUGCUAGCUUCAGACCCACUUCCAAUAUGCGUUAUAGUAGCAAAUGUCCCCUUUGUGCCUGGAGUUUCAAUCGAAACGCAAAUGCAUUCACUCGUGCCAUUUGGGGCUGAUCUAUGUGCAGAAGAUCAUAUAGAGGACAAUAUGGCGUGGAACUUUGUUGCAGGGUUGACUGUGGCUCGGGAGAUACUCGAGAGUUACGGCUGUGUUGUCCGUGUUAUCUCUCCAAGAAACUCUGAAGCGGUCUUGGGAGUAGGUGGGACCCGUCUCGAGAUUUGGCUUCCCUCAAUGGAUGCUGAUGACUGUGUUGUUCAGGAGGCGUGAAAAAGCCGCUGAGUUAUUCUGCACUAUAUGUUGCUGCGGAGUUUCAAGGCAUAAUAGGAUUCUGCGAAUUAGGAUCAGCAGCAUAUUACUGUCCUUACUGAUGAACCAAACUAUAGUGUAAGUGAUUUGGUUUACUUGGUGCCAAUUGGGAGAUUGUUCGGUUAUUUAUCGUGGAAUAUUUGAAAACCCAACUGUUAUGUUUUACGAAUCGAUAUUAUUUAUUGUGUACAUAUAGAUAUAGGUAUAUUCAAUAAUGUGUGAUGUUGUGUUUGUGGUAAUUUAUUGGUGAACAAGUAAACUUUGUACUGAUUUAUUGUGAAAUGAAUAAUGAUGCAUUAUAAAUUUCUGUAAUUCAUUUGAUUA